CCGCUUAUCAUUCAGUAAUGAAAUUGUCAUCCUAUUGACAUCAUCGUGAAAUAAAAAUUUCUAAACCAUACAAUUAAUAAUUUUGUUUCUUUUUUUAAAAAUGAAAUCCAGAAGAGAUUCUGAUAUUUCUCUAUCAAAUUCUAAUCAAAGUGAAUUACUUUUCAAAAUUCUUGUUAUCGGUGAUUAUGGCGUUGGCAAAACAGCAAUUGUUAGAAGAUACACGGAAGGAAAGUUUUCCUCAAAUUAUAAAAUUACAAUAGGAGCUGAUUUUGCAAUUAAAACACUUGAAUGGGAUCGUCAUACAAAAAUAAAUUUACAACUAUGGGAUAUUGCCGGAAACGAGAGACACGGAUACAUGACCCGUGUUUAUUAUAAAUAUGCAGUUGCUGCAGCAUUAGUUUUUGAUGUAUCGCGAGCAGCAACAUUUCAAUCAGUGAGAAAAUGGCUUAGUGAUCUUCGGGAAAAAAUUACAUUGCCAGAUGGUUCCAAUAUUCCAAUAGUAUUGUUGGCUAAUAAAUGUGACAUUAAAGAAGUUGCCGUUUCUAAUGAGCAAAUUGUGAAAUUUUGCAAGGAAAAUGGUAUUGGAUGUUGGUACGUGACUUCCGCCAAAGAGAAUCUAAACGUUGAUGAAGCGAUGCAGUAUCUUGUGGAAAAUACACUAAAAGCCAAAGUUCAAGACGAAAUUCGAGAUUCGAUAAAAUUAAAAAAUUCACCAUUAAUUCAAAAAAAGGCAUCGUGUUGUAAAUUUUAAUUUUUUCUGAAAAAACUUUCGCCAAAAUUGUGUUUGAACUUUUUAUAUUGGGAAAAAUAAUUAACAAUUUUUGUGAAUUAUCUGUUAUAUUAACAUAUUUCACUGUACAGAGUAUAAUUCUAGAAUUC